UCACCGCAAGAAUUUUGAAAGUGCUGCACAGUUGAUGGAAGAUUUACCUUGGAGAUACGGUGAACAAGGAUGGACGGUUAUUGAAAAUAGCCUUUUGUUUAAAUAUGCGGCAUGCCAGAGGGAAUUGGGACAAAAUAAGAAAUAUCCUUUUUUUCUUGGAAAUCACGCCUUAUUAACUAUAGAAGAGGCUACCUUCUACGCGGAAGAAGUAAAAAGACUUUGCGAUUCCUUGGAAAAAGGAGAAGAAAUCCUUCGGCCCUUCAAGCCGAUGUUUACUGUCACCGUGGUAUCCAUCGUUGAUGAUAUAACAGACGAGGAUGGACCUUAUUUAUCUGUUGAAUUGACGAACCUUUUGCCCACGGCAUUUACAUUUAAUGAUCUUGUCGUUCGGUUGGUAAGUGGUCAAGCUGAAGAAAUCUGGUUUGGAACAAGAGAUCAAGAACUCAAGCCCGGUUUGAAUAAAUACAAUCUUUAUUCUGAUAACAGUGCUUCCGGAAAUUAUAUUGCUGAAAACGUUCACCUAUCUGUGGGAAAAGUGGUUUUCACUCAAAAUUUCCUGAACGAAAGCAAAAAGAGGUCCUUUAGAAUAAAUGAGCAUCCCGCAGUCCUGAGAGCGCAAAUUAUAGCACCUAAUGACAUCCGCAUCGGUGAACAACAAUGUUUCGUCGUUCAAAUUUUCACUGGGUUAACCAGUGUCACCAAGGGCACAUUGAUGCUCGAACCUUUGUCCGAAGAUUUAACCUUUCCGGAAACCGACAAAUAUCAUGCUACUGUCAAAUUUGUGAAUGAUGGCGUGGUAUCCAAGGAAAUUCAUUCGGAGGAGGACCUGGAGGUUUCGUUGAACCAGAUACGACUACCUUCAUCUCAGCCAAAUCAGUUAAUCCAGUUCAAUGUCCCCUAUGAUUGCAAUUGGGGUGCUAUCGAGCAUAAGGAACAAAUAAAAGUGACGGUGAUGUAUGAGAGUAAGGAAAAGUCGCGUGUAUUCACGGCUAUAGACACGGUCAAGGUUUGGUUACCAUUGACCGUCACGGAACUAAAUAUUUUCCGCGAUGAUUGUUUGUUCCUAAAGAUGGAUGUCACAUUGAACGGAAGCCUUCCCGUGCGAAUUCUCGAUACGUCUUUGGUUCCAUCAAAAGUCUAUGAGGUUGUCGACGGACCAACUUUAGAGUCUCCAACCGUGGUUAGUGUUCUCAAGACGAACUUGUUGCAACAUUCCCGGUUUCUUCUCGAAAAUGCCAAAGAACAUUUGUUGAAGUCGGUCGACUAUGUGUCUUACGGUAUGACGGAUGCCCUAGAUUUGGGCGAGUUGAACGAAUCGCAAUGCGAGAUCUUAUUCGCAAGUCAUGGAAUUUUUAAGGAGUCGUUGAUCGAAGUUGUCAGGGAAUUUUGGCAGAUUUGCGAUAAAGCCACUUAUAAAGACAUCGAGACUUUUUCCGAGGAUCUCAGGUCUACGAUCUCCUUCCCUGUAGACAUACCUUCUUCAAAAGUUCUCAACACCGUGGAGUUGUUAAUAUCUAAACCAAAUGAUCUGAUCGUUGGCGAACCGUGUCACUGCCGUUUGGUAAUUCGGCAUUCGUCUUAUUGGAAUCACGCAUCUUCGGCUGAUAAAGACAAUUUCGAAUUCUUUUAUGAUGUCCAUGUGGACUUCGAUAAUUGGCUUUUAGCCGGUCACAAAAAACUUUGUUUUUCGUCAAAGAUUGGUGAGACCAAGGAAUUCCCCAUUACCUUGGUACCCUUAAAAACUGGUAAUCUCCUGGUGCCUAUUAUCAGAGUUGCCAGUCCCUCCCCUAACAUAUUUUCGGAGACCGUGUACCUUAACAAUGCCGAGCAAGUUCUUGUUCGUCCGCGUACACAGUCCGCGACCUUUUUUAUCGAGCAACAACAUCGAAUUCAUCCUCUCCAUUCGACCACCGGAUUCGGAGGCCCGGGCCAUCAUAACGAAUCGGGCCUAGAUGAUAUUGGCACGUAUGAGGCAUGA